GGUGCGAGGGGCUGGUAUCAUUGCGCGCUGCGAGUGGAAAGUAGAUCCGGCAGGCGAGGGGCAGGUUCUGGAGCCAAAGCAGAGAGGGGGGCCACAGCCGCACUUUAGCACAGCCAGGAACAGGACCACUUUGGAGCUUCGAAGAGCAGCGGCCGUCCUGUCCUGUCCUGUCUAUCACACCGCCGUCGCCUGAAUUAGUCUUCCACUCGCGAUGAGCGGCCAAUAGAGAGGCGCGCUUUUCGUUUGUCAGCGGAGAGCACCGACAUCAUGUCCGAGAGGCUGGCACGGCUCGCGGUGACCCUACUGCUCUUCGCCCUGUGCGUCGCCGUUCAGCGGGCAGACUCUGCGGCUUGCCACGGAUGUGUGGGAUCCAAAUGCGACUGCAGCGGAGUCAAAGGAGCAAAGGGUGAGCGGGGUUUCCCGGGUCUCAGCGGACAACCAGGAGUGCCGGGCUUCCCGGGACCGGAAGGGGCGAUCGGACCUCGCGGAGAGAAGGGCAGUGAUGGGCCAAUGGGUUUCGCUGGCCCAAAAGGAAUAAGAGGACCUGCUGGAUUGCCUGGAUUCCCAGGAACACCAGGACUUCCGGGUCUACCUGGGCAGGAUGGAGCUCCAGGCCCAAGAGGAACGCCAGGAUGCAAUGGGACAAAAGGUGAAAUCGGCUUCCCGGGAACCGGAGGAAUCCCAGGGCAGCCUGGACUGCCGGGUCCACCUGGUCUUCCUGGACAGAAGGGCGAUCCCGGUGACGUGAUCUCUACCAAUCGUUUUGGCGAGAAAGGAGCUGUGGGCUUUCCUGGACUGCCAGGCGUUCCUGGUCCUCCAGGACCCGCCGGUUACCAAGGUCCCUCUGGCCCUCCUGGUCCGAGAGGCUUUGAGGGUCGACCGGGUCCUCCUGGUCCUCCUGGACCUAAGGGAAACAUGGGACUGAACUUCCAGGGACCCAAAGGAGAGAAGGGUGAGCCGGGUUUACCGGGACCCGCCGGGCCACCGGGAAACGUCGGGGAACAGAAGAGGCCGACUGAGAUUGAGAUUCAGAGAGGAGACAAGGGUGACCGCGGACUUCCAGGCCUACCUGGUGAUCCCGGCUACCCAGGUCCUCCUGGUACUCCUGGCGGCCAGAAGGGAGAAAAGGGAGAACCAGGAGAGGCAGGCAAACGCGGAAAACCAGGCAAAGAUGGUGACCCAGGUCCACCGGGGUUCCUUGGUCUCAAAGGAGAACCAGGCCUGCCAGGUUCCCCGGGCAGGGACGGGGAGAGAGGUAUGAAAGGUGAACGUGGAUUCCCAGGUGCUCCGGGACUGGUCAUUAGUGGGUCGACAGGAGCGCAGGUUGGACCAAAAGGUGAACCUGGUUUCCCUGGAUCACCCGGGAUCAAAGGAGAAAGAGGACUACCAGGUGUAACAGGACCUCCAGGACAGCCGGGAUUUCCAGGUGGCGGUGGCGGCGGGUCACCAGGCUCUCCGGGCUUCCCGGGAGAGAGAGGUCAAAAAGGAGACAUCGGCAGUCCGGGGCUAUCUCUUCCAGGCCCUCCGGGGCGCCCCGGACCUCCUGGGUUGCCAGGACCACCAGGGGCCUCUGGACCAAAAGGCAUUUCCACUGGUGGAGAAGGCUGCCUCCCUGGCACUCCCGGGCGUCCCGGCCUAUCGGGAGAGAGGGGUUUCCCGGGAGAGGCAGGCCAGAAAGGUGAAAAGGGCGACACCUGUGUCAACUGCUUUAGUGGCACUACUGGCAUCCGUGGACCUCCAGGGCCUGCAGGACAACCUGGAUACCCAGGAAAUCCAGGUUCUCCGGGUAGCAAAGGAGAUAGAGGCUUCCCUGGAUCACCUGGCUCAAAUGGACCACCUGGCAUUCCUGGUCCUCAAGGUCCUCCAGGAUUCCCAGGAGAGAAAGGAGAUCCCGGUGAAGCCAUCACUGGCCCUGGUGUGAGGGGAGAGAAGGGUGACACAGGAUUCCCUGGAGCGCCUGGUCUUCCAGGUCUAGAUGGACGUCCAGGUCGGGAUGGACAGCCUGGUCUUCCGGGCCCCAAAGGAGCUCCUGGAUCUAUUCGGGACAGGGGAGAAAGAGGGAGCCCUGGUGAUCCAGGUCCUCCUGGAAUCGCGGGAGAUCGGGGCCCACCAGGACCCCCCGGCUUUGGGCCUGCUGGAUCCCCAGGAGAAAAGGGGGUCCAGGGUGUCUCAGGAAGGCCAGGAGCCCCUGGUAUACCUGGUGCCAAAGGGGAGCCAGGCUUGACAGUAGCAGAAAAAGGGCAACCAGGACCCAGAGGUCUGGAUGGUGAGCCAGGACUUCCUGGGGCACCAGGAAACCCAGGUCAGCCUGGUCAGCCGGGCUUCCCUGGAGUACCAGGAGCAAAGGGUGACCCUGGAUUGCCUGGAAUUGGACUCCCAGGACCUCCUGGAUCUAAAGGAUUCCCCGGUAUACCUGGGCAACCAGGAGCUCCGGGUGGACCGGGUAGACCUGGAGUAGACGGCCUUCCGGGCCAACCUGGAUUCCCUGGCGCAAAAGGUGAACCUGGCUUCGGACUCCCAGGUCCUCCUGGAUCUCCAGGUGUACCUGGAGCUAAAGGUUUAACCGGACCCAAGGGAGACUCCGGUUUCCCUGGAAGCCCUGGGUCACCAGGAAGAUCUGGAUUUGAUGGUGGACCAGGGCCUAAAGGUGAACCGGGAACAUCUGGUAUCCCUGGACCUCGUGGCCCACCGGGACCACCAACGCCAGGCUCACGUGGGCCUCCAGGUGCCCCUGGACUCCCAGGCCCAAUGGGCACACCUGGAUUCCCUGGAGUAAAUGGAGCAAAGGGAGACCCUGGGCCACCCGGUUUGGAUAUUCCAGGCUUGCCAGGGGACAGAGGAAGUCCUGGUUUUCCUGGUUCCCCUGGACCAAUUGGAACCCCAGGACCCCCUGGAGGCCCUGGACGAGAUGGCGUUCCAGGCCUGCCGGGUGCCAAAGGUGAUAUGGGUCCUAUUGGAUCUCCCGGAACACCUGGAGAACCUGGCGGCCCUGGGGCACCCGGUGGUCCCGGACAGAAAGGUGAAUCUGGAUUCCCUGGUAGGGAUGGUGUUCCUGGCUCUCCCGGAGCCAAAGGAGAAAAAGGCAAUGUUGGGGAACGAGGACCACCUGGAUACAGUCCACCGGAUAUUGUCGCAAGAGGAGAAAAAGGGGAAGCAGGACUACCAGGGGCACCAGGAUUUCCUGGUCAGAAGGGCAUCCCCGGUGUCACUGGUGACCCUGGACUUCCAGGAUCAGAUGGACGGCCUGGACUUCCUGGACCAUCAGGACCAAAGGGAGAUCCUGGAAUUCCAGGAGGGCCUGGCGGUCCCGGAGCUCCUGGACUAAAAGGCAGCAUGGGAGAAAUGGGAUUCCCAGGACCUUCAGGGCAGAAGGGUUUGCCGGGUCAGCCAGGUCUACCCGGCUCUCCGGGACAGCCCGGAGCCCCUGGUUUCCCGGGAGCCAAAGGUGAGCCAGGUUCUGCUGGGAUUGGACCACCUGGACCACCUGGAAUCAAGGGAGAUCCUGGCCAAUCAGGUUUCCCUGGAAGUCCAGGGCCUAAAGGGACUCCAGGAUUACCAGGUCUGCCAGGUUUACCUGGAGGACCAGGGGCCAAAGGUGAUCUAGGUCCUACAGGGUUCCAAGGGCCUCCCGGUAUUCCUGGUCCAAAGGGGUUGGACGGUGGGCCCGGAGGCCCUGGCCUCACUGGGGCUCCUGGUAGGCCGGGAGAGCCUGGCCGACCAGGAUCACCUGGAUUUCCAGGAGAGAAGGGUCAAGCGGGUCGGGAUGGCAUCCCAGGACCAGCUGGCAUCAAAGGCGAACCAGGGAUUCCAGGGUCUGGUGAACCAGGAUCCCCUGGACUUCCAGGAUUCCCGGGUGCCAAGGGAGAACCUGGCCUCCCUGGUCCUCCUGGCAGUUCUGGUUUCCCUGGUCAAAAAGGAGAGAGUGGCUUCCCUGGCUCUCCAGGCUCUCCGGGCCCUAUUGGCCCUCCUGGAACUCCGGGUCUUGGUCUACAGGGUCCCAAAGGAAUUCAAGGACCUCCUGGGCCACCAGGAAGAGCAGGCGUUCCCGGCCCACAGGGUCCUCGUGGGGCCCCAGGAAGCGGUGGCAUCAGGGGCGAGAAAGGCAUUCCCGGUGCUGCUGGCCAGCCAGGCUUCCCCGGACAGAAAGGAGACCCAGGUGUUCCUGGAUUCUCAGGUUCUCCGGGUCUUCCUGGCGGUCCAGGUCCUAAGGGUGACAUUGGUCUACCUGGCGUUCCCGGAUUCCCAGGACCGAAGGGAGACCCAGGAAUUCCCGGUGGCCCUGGCCUUACCGGUGACCCGGGAGAUGUCGGACCUCCAGGCCCAGUCGGUGAGCCUGGUUUUUCUGGACCUACCACUGUGCUCAAGGGAGACCGCGGACCCCCCGGUCCCGUUGGCCAGCCUGGUGCCGGAGGACAGCCGGGCUCCCCUGGACGCGAAGGCCUCCCAGGUCAGGCAGGUGACGCAGGCGGUCCCGGUCCAGAGGGUCCCCCUGGCUUCAGCGGCCCUCCCGGAAGGAAGGGAGACAACGGGCCCGCUGGUCAGCCUGGUCAGCGCGGUUAUCCUGGUCCUCCCGGUUCCGACGGUCCGCAGGGCCCGCCCGGCCUUCCGGGCUCGGGCUCGGCAGCGCACGGCUUCCUCAUCACCCGACACAGCCAGAUCCAGGAAGUACCCCUCUGUCCGGUGGGCACCAACCUGAUAUACGACGGCUACUCCCUGCUGUACGUGCAGGGCAACGAAAGGGCGCACGGGCAAGACCUCGGAACGGCCGGAAGCUGCCUGCGCCGCUUCAGCACCAUGCCCUUCAUGUUCUGCAACAUCAACAACGUGUGCAACUUCGCCUCCCGUAACGAUUACUCCUACUGGCUGUCAACGCCCGAGCCCAUGCCCAUGUCCAUGGCACCAAUUACCGGCGAGAGCAUCAAGCCUUUCAUCAGCCGGUGCUCGGUGUGCGAAGCUCCCGCGAUGGUGAUCGCGGUCCACAGUCAAACCAUCCAGAUUCCCAACUGCCCUGCCAACUGGGAGGCUUUGUGGAUAGGCUACUCCUUCAUGAUGCACACCAGUGCCGGCGCCGAGGGAUCUGGUCAGGCCCUAGCCUCGCCCGGCUCUUGUUUGGAGGAGUUCCGCAGCGCUCCCUUCAUCGAGUGCCACGGCAGGGGGACGUGCAACUACUACGGCAACUCCUACAGCUUCUGGCUAGCCACCGUGGACGAAGGCGAGAUGUUCAGCAAGCCCCAGUCGGAGACGCUGAAGGCGGGCAACCUGCGGACGCGCGUCAGCCGCUGCGUGGUCUGCAUGAAGAGGACGUAACGCGCCGGCGUUCGGGCGUGGCGGCCGCCGGUGGAACUCCAUCGGUCUUCAACCAGUAAAAACAACGGUGCUACUGUGCAACACAGCUUCAAAAAAAAAAAAAAAAAACUGACGUCAAGAACUUUUUUUUGCUUUGUUUUUCCUAAGAAGUACCUCAAAACAAACGCAGAAAAAAGAUCUCCCCAAAAUGGUGCCAUGAUGCAAACAUGCAUUCCCUUCGACCUCCCCUUUGGGAAGAAAAGUCCCUUUUAACAUCGUGACCUUGGUGUCCUUCCUUUUCUACACUUUUUCUUUUCUGGCGGGCGAGGGAGGGGUCCGAGGGACGGACGAACGGACGAAGCUCUCGGCGUUAACCAACGGGCACUUUGACCCGGGGACAUCCCGGAUGCCGGAUGCACUGACUAGGAGCUUUCCUUUGUAAGACUGACAGCGAGGGGCUUUUGAUUUUGACCACUUUUUCUUCUUCUUUUUUUCUACGACACGUGGUGAUACUAACCCUGCCGCAAACCUGACUGUUAACCUUUCCUUCCUUUUUUUGUAAGUAAUGAGUCAUGUGUAUAUUGUGUGAAACACCUUGAAUUAGAGGCGCAUUUGGUAACCCGCUUUUUUGGCAGGUGGCCUUCACUUACACGCAAACACGUAUUGUACAAAGUAAGGCUUCUAUGAAUGAAAACAGUAUUUUAUAUAUGAUAAAUAUAUAUUUCUAAAAAAAAAAAACUUACUCGGCAGUGGGUGUUUUACGGUCUUGCAUUUCACCAAAAAAACAAACAAAAAAAAACUACUGUGCACAGUCAAAGCCAUGUUCCCUGCGUGUCAUAUUAAAACCACUCCAACCUUUUUUGUAUUCCAUUUGUAGAACGAAUAAUAAAGCUGAAUUAAGGGGAUUUGUUUUUAGAUUGUCUGACAGGAUUUGAAUUAAAUCUUGGCUUCUUGUUACGAAAAAUCAUGUCGUGUGUUUUGUUUCGGUGAACAUUGACAGGUGCUGUUAAAUUGCACCGAAAACCUCCCUGUGUGGGAUAUG